AUGUUAGGGCUCCCUGCCCUCGCAGUUCCUAUGGCUAUGCCACACCCACCUCUAAUUCCCUCCACUCCCAUUUUAUUGGCCUUUUCCUUCCCAGGUGGCUUCUACAUGCUCCUGGACCCCAAGAAUGCAAAACCAAGGCAGAGAUCUGCCCUCCUGAGCCCUCUGAUCCAGUCCUCCGGCUGCCUUAGCCUGUCCUUUCAGUACACCCAACGUGGCCAGGCGUCUGGUGCAACCCUCAUGGUCUAUGCUUCUGUUUUGGGCAGCAUCCGGAAACACACUCUUUUCUCAGGACAACCCGGACCCAGUUGGCAGCCUGUUUCUGUCAAUUACACAAGCCAGGGACAGAUUCAGUUCACCCUGGUGGGCGUGUUUGGAAAGAUCCCAGAGCCAGCUGUGGCAGUAGAUGCGAUCAGCAUUGCUCCCUGUGAAGAGAGCUUUCCUCAGUGUGACUUUGAAGAUAAUGCCCAUCCCUUCUGUGACUGGGUCCAGGCAUCACAGGAUGGUGGAUACUGGAGGCAGGGAAAUAAAAAUACAUUCAUCCAGCCUGCAGGCCCCUUUGGAAUCUCCCUUAAUGGAGAAGGUCACUACAUCUACCUUGAGACUGACAAGUUCUCCCAGGCAGGCCAGUCUUUCAGACUGGUGAGCCGGCCCUUCUGUGCCCCGGCUGUGAUCUGCGUGACGUUUACCUACCACAUGUAUGGCCUGGGACAGGGCACAAAGCUCAGGCUGCUGCUGGGGAGUCCUGCGGGUAGUCCCCCAAGUUCUGUCUGGGAACGUGUUGGGCCUCAGAGCCCUGAAUGGCUGAACACCUCCGUCACCAUCCCUUCAGGACAUCAACAGCCCAUGCAGCUGAUAUUUGAAGCCGUCAGGGGCACCAACACCGCCUUUGUUGUUGCUCUGGGUUUCGUCUUGAUCAAUCAUGGGACCUGUCGAGGACCUUCUGAAACCUCUGUCUCCACAGAAAAACCCGUGGCCCCUACAGAAAAACCAACUGUCCCCAGUGAAAUAUACACUAUCCCCACAGAAAAGCCCAUAGUCCACACGGAGAAGCCCAUUGUACACACUGAAAAACCUACAAUCCCAACAGAAAAAUCUACAGUGCCCACCGAAAAACCUACUGUCUUUAAAGAACCCACCCUUCCACCUGAAGGGCCCACCGUCCCUGCUGAACGGCCUACCACCCCGCCUGAAGAGCCUGCUGUCCCUCCCAAAGGGCCCACUGUCCUCACUGAAUGGCCCACAAUCCACACAGAAAAACCUACUGUCCCCAGUGAAAUAUACACUAUCCCCACAGAAAAGCCCAUAGUCCACACAGAGAAACCCACUCUCCCCACAGGAAAAUCCACCAUCCCCACAGAAAAACCCACGGUCCCCACAAAAAGGACCACCAUUCCCACUGAAAGGACCACUAUCCCCGCAGAAAAGCCAACUGUCCCCAUAGAAAAACCAAUGGUCCCCACUGAAAGGACCACCAUUCCCACUGAAAGAACCACUAUCCCCACAGAAAAACCUACUGUUCCCACAGAAAAACUCACUGUCCCCACAGAAAAGCCAAUUGUCCCCACAGAAAAGCCGAUUGUCCCCACAGAAAAACACACCAUCCCCACAGAAAAACUGACAGUCCUCACUGAGAGGACCACUACUCCCACUGAAAGAACCACUCUCCCCACAGAAAAACCCACUGUCCCCACAGAAAAGCCAACUGUCCCCACAGAAGAACCCACCAUCCCCACCGAAAAGCUUACCGUCCCCACUGAGAGGACCACCACUCCCACCAUAAGGACCACCCCCCCCACCAUAAAGACCACCCCCCCCACCGAAAGGACCACCACCCCCACCAUAAAGACCACCACUCCCACUGAAAGGACCACCAUCCCCACGAAAAAGACCACUGUUCCCGCAGAAAAACCCAUUAUCCCCACUGAAAGGACCAUAGCUCCUACAACACCCCAGCCCAGCCCAACUCUUGUACCCACUCAGUCAGCAGCCGUCGUGAUGCCAAGUACUUCCGCGACCACUGUGACCCCGAGAACUACUAUAGCGAGCUGCCCCCCAAAUGCCCACUUUGAACGCUGCGCCUGCCCAGUGUCCUGCCAGAGCCCCACACCCAACUGUGAGCUCCUCUGCAAGCCCGGCUGUGUCUGUGAUCCUGGCUUUUUGUUCAGUGGCUCCCGCUGCGUCAACGCCUCUUCCUGCGAUUGCUUCUACAAUGACAAUUACUAUAAGCUGGGGACAGAUUGGUUCAGCCCCAACUGCACAGAACAUUGCCACUGCCGGCCCAGCAGUCGGAUGGAGUGCCAGACCUUCAAAUGCGGGACACACACAGUGUGCCAGCUGAAGAAUGGCCAGUACGGCUGCCACCCCUAUGGCAGUGCCACCUGCUCUGUCUACGGAGACCCUCACUACCUCACCUUCGACGGGAGGCGCUUUAACUUCAUGGGCAAGUGCACCUACAUCUUGGCCCAACCCUGUGGCAACUUGACAGAGCACUUCUUCAGGGUGCUGGUGAAGAAGGAGGAGCGAGGACAGGAGGGCGUGUCCUGCCUAAGCAAGGUCUACGUGACUCUGCCUGAAAGCACCGUCACUCUGCUCAAGGGCAGACACACGCUGGUCGGAGGUCAGCGAGUCACCCUCCCAGCCAUACCUUCUAGAGGUGUCUUCCUGGCUCCCAGUGGGCGAUUUGUGGAGCUGCAGACGGCGUUCGGUCUGCGGGUGAGAUGGGAUGGUGACCAGCAGCUGUUUGUGAGUGUGCCCAGCACCUUCUCUGGCAAACUCUGUGGUCUCUGUGGCGACUAUGACGGUGACAGCAGCAACGACAACCAGAAGCCGGAUGGCAGUGCAGCAAAAGAUGAGAAGGAGCUGGGUAGCAGCUGGCAGACCUCGGAGGAUGCGGACCAGCAGUGCGAGGAGAACCAGGUGUCUCCCCCGUCUUGCAACACAGCCUUGCAGAAUACUAUGUCGGGGCCAGAGUUCUGUGGACGGCUGGUGGCCCCUCAUGGAGUCUUCGAGGCAUGCCUGCCUCACCUCAGGGCCUCUUCCUUCUUCAAGAGCUGCACGUUUGACAUGUGUAACUUCCAGGGGCUGCAGCAUAUGCUGUGUGCUCACAUGUCGGCCUUGACUGAGAACUGCCAGGAUGCUGGCUACCCGGUGAAGCCCUGGAGAGGACCCCAGUUCUGCCCGCUGGCCUGCCCCCGCAACAGUAGGUACACGCUGUGUGCCAAGCUGUGCCCUGACACCUGCCAUUCUGAGUUCUCGGGCAGGGCCUGCAAGGACCGCUGCGUGGAGGGCUGCGAGUGCGACCCAGGCUUUGUCCUCAGUGGCCUCCAGUGCGUCUCCCGGUCCGAGUGUGGCUGCCUCGACUCCACAGCGGGUUAUGUCAAGGUAGGGGAGCGGUGGUUCAAGCCAGGCUGCAGACAGCUCUGUAUCUGUGAGGGCAACAACAGAACUCGCUGUGUGCUCUGGAGGUGCCAGGCCCAGGAGGUCUGCGGUCAGCAGGAUGGCAUCUACGGCUGCCAUGCUCAAGGGUCUGCCACCUGCACUGUCUCGGGGGACCCCCACUACCUGACGUUUGACGGAGCCCUGCACCACUUCACGGGCACCUGCACCUACACCCUGACCAAGCCUUGCUGGCUGAGGUCCCUAGAGAAUUCUUUCCUUGUGAGUGCCACCAAUGAGUUCCGCGGUGGAAAUUUAGAGGCCUCCUACGUCAGAGCCGUCCAGGUGCAGGUCUUCAACCUCAGAAUCUCGCUGAUCAAAGGCCGCAAGGUCACGCUGGAUGGCCGCAGGGUGGCCUUGCCCCUGUGGCCCGCACAAGGCCGGGUGAGCAUCACGUCCAGUGGCUCCUUCAUCCUCCUCUACACGGACUUUGGGCUUCAAGUUCGCUAUGAUGGUGACCACCUGGUGGAAGUGACCGUGCCCUCCUCCUACGCUGGCCGGCUCUGUGGGCUCUGCGGAAACUACAACAACAACAGCCUGGACGACAUUCUGCAGCCUGAUAAAAGGCCUGCAAGCAGCUCUGUGCGCCUGGGGGCCUCCUGGAAAAUAAAUGAGUUAUCUGAACCUGGCUGCUUUGCUGAAGGUGGCCAGCCCCCCAGGUGCCUGGGGAAGGAAGUGGCAGACGCCUGGAGUAAGAACUGUGAUGUCUUAAUGAACCCUCAGGGACCCUUCUCUCAAUGCCACAGGGUGGUGGCCCCUCAAUCCAGCUUCUCCAGCUGUUUGUAUGGCCAGUGUGCGACCAAGGGGGACACCCUGACCCUGUGCCGCUCCCUGCAGGCCUACGCGUCCCUGUGCGCGCGUGCUGGCCAGGCCCUCACCUGGCGGAAUGGCACCUUCUGCCCUCUGAAGUGCCCAUCAGGCAGCAGCUAUAGCACCUGUGCCAACCCCUGCCCAGCCACCUGCCUCAGCCUGAACAAUCCAUCAUACUGCCCAUCCACGCUGCCCUGUGCCGAGGGCUGCGAGUGCCAGAAAGGCCACAUCUUGAGUGGAACCUCCUGUGUGCCCCUCAGCCAGUGUGGCUGCACCAGCCAGAGGGGCUCCUACCACCCGAUUGGGGAGAGCUGGUACACGGACAACAGCUGCUCCAGGCUCUGCACCUGCUCUGCCCACAACAACAUCUCCUGCCGCCAAGCCUCCUGCAAGCCCAGCCAGAUGUGCUGGCCCCAGGAUGGGCUGAUACGGUGCCGGGUGGCAGGGAUGGGAGUGUGCCGCAUCCCUGACACAUCCCACUACGUGAGCUUCGAUGGCAGCUACCAUGCCGUCAGGGGCAACUGCACUUACGUCCUGGUGAAAAUAUGCCACUCCACCAUGGACCUGCCUUUCUUCAAGAUCAGUGGCAAGAAUGGGAAGCGGGAAGGCCAACCCCCGGCUUUCUACCUCCGCCAGGUCUAUGUGGAUAUCUUUAAUACCCUGGUCACCCUGAAACAGGACCAAGUGCUGAUCAAUGGCACACGGGUCAGUCUGCCUGCAACCACGCAGAUCCGUGGGGUCAGAGUCAUUUCCAGGGACGGCUACACCGUGCUCACCAUCAACAUCGGGGUGCAGGUCAAGUUUGACGGCAGAGGUUUCCUUGAGGUUGAAAUCCCCAAAGCCUAUUACGGAAGGACCUGCGGCGUGUGCGGGAACUUCAAUGACGAGGAAGAAGACGAGCUCAUGAUGCCCAGUGAUGCCCUAGCCCUGGAUGACGUCGUGUAUGUGGACAGCUGGCGAGAUAAGGAGAUCGACCCAAAUUGCCAGGAAGAUGACAGGAAGACCGAAGCAGAACCGCAAGAGCAGCCAAGUGCAAACUGCAGGCCAGCUGACCUGGAGCGAGCGCAGGAGCAGUGCCAGGCGGCCUUUCAGGCCCCGGCCUGGGCAAACUGUGCCACCCGCGUGGUCCUCAGUCCCUACGUGCGCAGCUGUACUCACAAGCUCUGUGAGUUUGGAGGCCUAAACCGUGCCUUUUGCGAGUCUCUGCAAGCCUUCGGGGCCGCCUGCCAGGCCCAGGGGAUCAAGCCCCCAGUCUGGAGAAACAGCAGCUUCUGCCCUCUGGACUGCUCCGCCCACAGCGUCUACACCUCCUGCGUCCCCUCCUGCCUCCCUUCCUGCCAGGACCCCGAAGGCCAGUGCACAGGCGCCGGAGCUCCCUCCACCUGUGAGGAGGGCUGCAUUUGUGAGCCCGGCUACGUGCUCAGCGAGCAGCAGUGUGUGGCCAGGAGUCAGUGCGGCUGCAGGGACGCCAGGGGCACCUUCCUUCCCGUGGGUAGGUUCCGGCUCUCCAGCGGCUGCUCCCAGAAGUGUGUCUGCACAGCGGGAGCCAUUGAGUGCAGGCCCUUCACCUGCCCCUCCGGCUCCCAGUGUGAGCCCAACGAAGACGGCAAGGACUUCUGCCAACCCAACAGCUCCAAUCUAUGCUCAGUUUUCGGGGACCCCCAUUACCGCACAUUUGAUGGCCUCAGCUACCGCUUCCAGGGCCGCAUGACCUACACCCUGGUCAAGACCUUGGACGUGCUCCCCGAUGGGGUGGAGCCCCUGGUGGUGGAGGGACGCAACAAGGUGUAUCCAUCCUUAACCCCGGUCUUCCUGCAAGAGAUCAUCGUCAUGGUCUACGGCUACACAGUCCAGCUCCAGGCCGAACUGGAGCUUGUGGUCAACGGUCAGAAGGUGUCCAUCCCCUACAAGCCCAACGAGUACCUGCAGGUCACUCUGCGAGGCCAUCGCCUGUAUCUGGUCACAGACUUUGAGCUGGUCGUCAGCUUCAAUGGAAGAAACAAUGCAGUGAUCGCCAUGCCCAGCACCUACCUGGGGCUCGUGCGAGGCCUGUGCGGCAACUAUGACAAGAACAAGAGGAAUGACUUCAUGCUGCCUGAUGGCUCCUUCACCCAGAACCUCCUUGUCUUUGGCAACAGCUGGGAGGUAAAGGCCAAGGAAGGCCACCCCCGCUUCUCAAGGGCCAUUCGAGAGGAGGAAGAGAAAAACGAAGAGUCAGGCUUUCAGAAUGUGUCAGAAUGCAGCCCAGAGCAGCUGGAGCUUGUCAACCACACCCACGCGUGUGGGGUGCUGGUGGACCCUCAGGGCCCCUUUGCUGCCUGUCACCAGAUUGUGGCCCCAGAGCCCUUCCAGGAGCACUGUGUGUUUGAUCUCUGUGCUGCCCCGGGCCCCAAAGAGCAGGAGGAGUUGCGUUGCCAGGUCCUCAGCGGGUACGCCAUCAUCUGCCAGGAGUCGGGCGCCACCCUGGCCGGCUGGCGGGACCACACUCACUGCGCCUUGCCAUGUCCGGCCAACACGGUCUAUCAGAGCUGUAUGACACCCUGCCCAGCCUCCUGUGCCACCCUGGCAGUCCCCCGGGCCUGCGACGGCCCGUGUGUGGAGGGCUGUGCCAGCCUCCCCGGCUACAUCUACAGUGGUGCCCAGAGCCUUCCCAUGGCCCACUGUGGCUGCACCAACAACGGCAUCUACUACCAGCAGGGUGACAGCUUCGUGACCGAGAACUGCUCUCAGCGCUGCACCUGUGCCAGCUCAGGGGUCCUGCUGUGUGAGCCCCUCAGCUGCCGCCCUGGGGAGAUCUGCACCCUGGGGAACCUCACUCGUGGCUGCUUCCGAGACAGCCCAUGUCUACAGAACCCCUGUCAGAAUGAUGGGCGGUGUCGGGAGCAGGGAACCCACUUCACCUGUGAGUGUGAACUUGGUUACGGGGGAGACCUCUGCACGGAGCCUCGGGGUGUACCAUCCCCCAAAAAGCCAGAGGCGUCCAACCGCGUGGCCAUCCUCUUGGGGAUGCUGAUGCCCACGGUGCUCCUGGUGCCGGCCGUGACCAGAGUUUCCAGGAAGAGAAGGAGGAGGAGGAGGAGGCCCUCUAGGGAGAGAACGCAGAGCCAGAACAGAGGCAAGCGGGCCGGCACAGAUUGUGCUCCAGAGCAGGCCUACAAAGUGGCUUAGCUUUGAGGUGUUCACACAAAGGGAGAGAUAAAAUUAUUUAUUUUUGAGAUGUGAAUUUCCACAUGAUUCUGGUGGAGGAAGGGUCUGUCUGUGAGGUGGGUCUUAGGGGGAGAAAUAAGACGGAGACCGGUGUGGGGGCGCCCAGGGCGGGAGAGCCACAGGCCGCCGGGGGGAGGGGCUCGGAGGUCUGAGGCGGGGAGGGGUGUCUGUCCCUUAGAGGCCACGUGAGGGUAGGCCGUCUGCCCUCUGGCUUCAGGGUACCGCAGGAGAGACUCUGGCUUCAGGGUACCGCAGGAGACUUCCCCUCAGGAAUCCUAGGUCUUGGAGGACGUGGCCGCGGAGCCUCCCAGAAGGGGCAGUGAAAGGUGAUCCCGAGGAGAGGUUUCAUAUUCCCCACCAGAAGAUGAAUUGCUGGGCAGAGGCUAAGGAUGGGGAAGCUGGCUUUUUCCAAAGGGUGAACCAGCCUGUGACCAAAAGGGCCUUGGGGUUACUAUGGUAACUGAGGGUGGGGCCUGAGGGCCAAUUUGUUGUUUUGAGCUCCAUCCUAUUAGGAAUGACCAGCUCACCUCUGCCAAAGGCCAGAGUGCAAACAUUCCCACCCUGACCCCUGUGCCUUGUGCCUCCCACCAGGCAGGUCCUUGCUUGGGGGACGGGGGCUGGGACACCCUGCUUGGGCUCUAAGAGGAAAAGGAAGGCUGCCAACGGCGGGGGUGUGGGGGAGGGGCCCACAGCCCAGGAUGUGGGACCCCAGGGGACAGGGGACACCAAAACAGGCAGGACCCUGGUUAUAGAAAGGAAUCCUUCCUCUGCUUACCCUCCAGGAUGACUUCAGCAGCCACCUUCAUGUAGGAAAGCAAGAACCAAUGUGGUUGGGGAAAGGGCCCCAAGGCGAGAGGGGUGCCCCUGGCCAGGGCCCCCCUGCCCUUUAGCUGGGGGAGCAGCUUAUGCUCUGGGGCUGAGUGUGGCAGGAAGGCUCAGGGGCUUCUGGAGCUGGGCUGGCCAUGCUUAAAUGUGGGCAUCAUGAGGCUCCCAACGGCAUGCCUGCCCCCACUGAGCCCCCUCAUCUGGGCUUUGACCCUCUGCCUCUGUCCUUCAUCUGUGCCCUGUCCCCUUGAACUGUUCCUCCCCUUACCCAGCUAAGGUCACCUCAUCUAGCCUGACGUCUGAUUGGCAGGGGAGGGAGGCGGCCUGGACCUGCAUCCUCGGAGACCUCCUUCUAUUAGGAGGAGGACCCAGACCCCUCCUCCUCAGCUGGGAGGGACAGGAGUUAUGGUUUGGGGUCCUGUACCAACCCCAGCCCAACAGCAGGGGGCAACUGAGAUGCAGAAAUGGCAAGGCUGCAGCAGCUCAACAAAGGGAACUGGUCCAGACCUGCCCCUGCAGGUGUCCUUGAAGGAGGGCAGGCUGGCAGCAAAGAAGGAAACCAGAGAUGGUGAGAAAGACUGCGAGGGGGAUGGACCACAUCCUCAACUUCCUGUUCCAGAGGGAGAAGUUGGGGAAGGAUUCUCAGGUGGUUUCCCCUCCCUUCCCAAGAGACUGGGAGAACCUGCCUGGGCAGCAUCUUGAAAGGGGGAAUUGUCCUCCAGACCCAGCCCAGCAUCUGUGUGUGUGUGUGUGUACAUGAGUACACGUGGGGGGUCCGAGUCCUCCAUGCCAGCCCCUGCCCCCCCGCCCCCCCCAUUGCCUCUAACCAACCCCAGCUGUCAACAUCUGGCCUACAUCUGUCUCCCUCAUCUGACUAGACCUCCAGCCCAGCAGAUUCCCCCCUCACCUCCUUCAGGGGGCUGUAGGGCGGGGCCCUGAGCUCAAGGUCUCUCCAACCUCAUGGAGACCCUGCCAGGGUAAGUGAACCAGGGCAGGGGAGGGAGGGCAGCCCCACCCCGGAGGUGCCCUGGGCUCUUGGCAGAGCCAGCUGGAGCCGUUAGAAGCAGCUGCCAAUGACUCAUCUCCCACUGCCCCCACCCCAUCACCUCAAACACACCCUGGGGCUGGGAACCAAGCACCCAGCCCCCCCACAGCCCUGUCUCCAGACCUCCAACCCCUCUCAGCCUAGCUCAAAAGCUCCUCCAUACCACACCCACCCUCCUCCUGCCAGUCACCCCCAGAGCCAGGACACUUCCCGUUUUCUUUUAUUUAUACAAAACAAUUGUUUUAAAUAUAAUUUAAGAACCCCUCCAAGCACCGGUGUCUGUCUCUGUUUCCACCACCACUUCCCCCCCCACAUCCCCUCAUGGACACAGCUCGGGGGUACUUGGUGGGGCCAGGAAAAGUCUGGGGGUUGUGGCGUGACCAAGGCACUGUUCUGGAAACAGACACAACGAUGGGUCCCUGUUUCGACUGGAGCAGAGGAGGGAUAAUGAAACAGGUCCCCUCUAACACAAAAAGUUAUGACGAGGACAGUGGAAGAACA